AUGGCAUGGAUGCUUAGGCUGGUCUCAGAUCUGUUUGUCAUGCCAAACAUGGUAAGCAUGACAAUUCCAUAAGGAGGGCAGAAAUAGACUGACACCAGGCUUAUGAACGAUGCAUUUACAAUGCAAAACAAUUGAAUGCAUUUAUUUCUGUGCAGGCGCUCCAGCGAGAGAGCUGGGGCCUUUUGAGGAGCCCCUCUGUGGCUGCAUUCUGCACCAAGGCGGAGGAGCCAAAGAAAGCUGUUAAAAAGGCGAAGGCUGCAAGUAAGCGUACGGGUAUUCCUUUGUUUUGUUUACGUCAGUGUUUCCCAACUCCUCGAUAACCCCCAACAUCACAUUUUGGUUGUAGUCCCAUACAAACUCACCUGAUUCAAUUUAUUGAGGGCUUGGUGAUUAGUUGACAGGUUGACUCCGGUGUGCUUGUCUGGGGUAAAAAGAAACGUGUGCUGUUGGGGUACUCAAGGACUGGAGUUGGGAAACACUGGUUUAUAUUAUGUGCCAUUGCUAGGUCCUUCUUAUUCUCCCCUAAAUUGCUUAUCUUGAAUGACAUUUCUCUCUCUGGUAUAGCCCACAUUUGGAUUAUCUCCUUGAUUCGAACUAUGUGCCAACAAACUUUCUCCAAUGACCAAAUUCCUGGAAUCUUACAGAUAAAUCAUUACCAUUUCCUAAAGCCAAUUGUACUUCUGGAGUUCCACAGAAGCAUUGGGGUUAGGAGGUGAGUUUUCUGUAUGUUGUUUGUUAUUGGUAGUUCUAUGUAACCUGUCCCAUUUACCAUUUCCUCAGCCCUAGAGGCCUCAGAAGAGAGGGCAGCACUACUAGCCUACAAGACCGCAGUUGCCUUCCCCAUUAAGCUUUCAACCUCAGGACUUUUCCCAGCACAGGCUCUAGGUGAAAUCGAAACAAUGGCUAGCCCUGUCACUGCCGAAACAAUAGUAGUUGCAGCUGCCGCAGCUGCAGAACCAGCUCCCAUUUCCACAAGCCAUGCCGAAGCUAUGCCUGCUGAAAUUGCUGUGGCUGAAGAAAUAGCUAGUCCUGCUAUCAAUGUAGUUUCUCCAGUUGUAGAGGCGGCUGAGUCUGCUCCUACUUCUGAGAGUGUUGCAGAGACUGCAGCUCCUGUAGCAGAGGAGGCUGCAGCACCAGAAACACCAGUAGUAGAAGUCGCUGCACCAGUUGCAGAGGCUGCACCAGUCGCCAAUGCUGUUGCUAAUGAAGCCGCCCCAUUUGAAACAGUCGCGGCAGAGGCUCCUUCAGUUGCGGAGGCUGUCACCAAACCUGCCCCAGUCGCUGACAUUGCUGCUCCCAUCGUCGAUUCUGCUCCACCUGUGAUUGAUGCCACCACCGAAAUCGUGGAUGCCGCUUCCCCAGUCGCUGAGCUUGUUGUUGCUUUAAGUUCUGUAGCAGCCUCUGCCGAACCACCCGGAGUGGCUACUGCGGCCUCCACUGAACCCAGAGCCCCAUCAGCUGAUUCGUCCUCCUCAUCCAGUGAUUCUGACUCAGACUCAGACUCUGACUCUGACUCUGAUGACGAGAAGUCUGAAGUGAAAUCAAAGGUAAAACCAGAAAUCCAAGUAGAAGAAGCUGCAGAAAAGGAAGCCGUGGCUGUGGCCAGCAAAGCUGAGAAGGCAGUGGUGGCAGCGCCCUCUGAAGCCAACCUUGUGGUCACUGCUGAAGCUGUGCAAGAAGCUACACCUGAAGUGACUCUGGAUGCAGUUCCUGAAGCUAAGGAAAAAGCACCAGAAGAUGUAGCCGAAGAGGUUCAAGUGGCCACUCCAGAGGUUGAAAGUGCUGAGCUGGUUGACCCCGCCCCAGUCCUGGAAGCAGCCCCAGCUGAAGCUGCCCCUGAGAUCGCUGCUGCCCCAGAGGUUGAAGUGACCACUCCAGAAGUCGCGGCUGCAGUAGAAGCCACUCCAGAAGUUGUUCCAGAAGCUGCACAUGAGGCUCAAGUAGCAGCGGAAGAAGUAUCUGAAUCUGCUCCUGCAGAAGUUGUCACUGAAGCCUGUCCUGCUGCUGAAACUGCUCCUGUGGAAGCUGCGUCAGAAGCCCCCCUUGAAGCCGCAGCAGAAGCUGCACCAGCCGAGGCUGUUGCUGAAGCUGCCCCAGUUGAAGCUGGCACAGAGGAGCUGGUAAAUGCCGCCCCUGUUGUAGCUGAAGCUGCUACGGAGGAGCUGAUAGACACCGCCCUUGUAGUGACUGAAGCAGCAGGAGAGGAGCUGAUUGCAGAGGCCCCGGCUGAUGCAGUACCGAUUGAGGCUUCUGAGGGUAUACACCACACCUCCAUAAAACCCUACUAUUUCUCUCCUCUGUGGACCUUUCCAACCACAGAUGGCCAUAUUUCUUCUACAUUUUGUUAUUCAUAACCGGUACUGUUAAAUGUUAAUACGCUGUAAAGUGCCUCACAUAAGUGCUUUUGCUUUAGCUGUAGCUUUAUAAAAAUUUUUUCUCCCAGUAAUUUUAUUAUGCCAUUUAAUUUGUUGUAGCUAGCUUUCUUGCCAUGUGUAAACCAAAAUUUUAAAGUGAAAGUAGACUCCUAAUUUCACACAACAUGAUCAUUUUGGCUACUUCAGGCUACUUCAUGUAAUGCAUGUUUGCAUUACAUGCUGCAUUUCAACUCAGCCCUGCUUGCCUUGCAUUUACCUCUCUCCUUGUGCACUGAUGGUUCUCAGUUGGGACUUAGGAUCUAUAUUUGCAUAUAGAAUGUUAUUUACAUAGCCUUUUUAUUAAAACAAUUAUAUAUACAGUGGGGAGAACAAGUAUUUGAUACACUGCCGAUUUUGCAGGUUUUCCUACUUACAAAGCAUGUAGAGGUCUGUAAUUUUUAGCAUAGGUACACUUCAACUGUGAGAGACGGAAUCUAAAAACAAAAAUCCAGAAAAUCACAUUGUAUGAUUUUUAAGUAAUUCAUUUGCAUUUUAUUGCAUGACAUAAGUAUUUGAUACAUCAGAAAAGCAGAACUUAAUAUUUGGUACAGAAACCUUUGUUUGCAAUUACAGAGAUCAUACGUUUCCUGUAGGUCUUGAUCAGGUUUGCACACACUGCAGCAGGGAUUUUGGCCCACUCCUCCAUACAGACCUUCUCCAGAUCCUUCAGGUUUCGGGGCUGUCGCUGGGCAAUACGGACUUUCAGCUCCCUCCAAAGAUGUUCUAUUGGGUUCAGGUCUGGAGACUGGCUAGGCCACUCCAGGACCUUGAGAUGCUUUUUACGGAGCCACUCCUUAGUUGCCCUGGCUGUGUGUUUCGGGUCAUUGUCAUGCUGGAAGAUCCAGCCACGACACAUCUUCAAUGCUCUUACUGAGGGAAGAAGGUUGUUGGCCAAGAUCUCGCGAUACAUGGCCCCAUCCAUCCUCCCCUCAAUACAGUGCAGUCGUCCUGUCCCCUUUGCAGAAAAGCAUCCCCAAAGAAUGAUGUUUCCACCUCCAUGCUUCACGGUUGGGAUGGUGUUCUUGGGGUUGUACUCAUCCUUCUUCUUCCUCCAAACACGGUGAGUGGAGUUUAGACCAAAAAGCUCUCUUUUUGUCUCAUCAGACCACAUGACCUUCUCCCAUUCCUCCUCUGGAUCAUCCAGAUGGUCAUUGGCAAACUUCAGACGGGCCUGGACAUGCGCUGGCUUGAGCAGGGGGACCUUGCGUGCGCUGCAGGAUUUUAAUCCAUGACGGCGUAGUGUGUUACUAAUGGUUUUCUUUGAGACUGUGGUCCCAGCUCUCUUCAGGUCAUUGACCAUGUCCUGCCGUGUAGUUCUGGGCUGAUCCCUCACCUUCCUCAUGAUCAUUGAUGCCCCACGAGGUGAGAUCUUGCAUGGAGCCCCAGACUGAGGGUGAUUGACCGUCAUCUUGAACUUCUUCCAUUUUCUAAUAAUUGCGGCAACAGUUGUUGCCUUCUCACCAAGCUGCUUGCCUAUUGUCCUGUAGCCCAUCCCAGCCUUGUGCAGGUCUACAAUUUUAUCCCUGAUGUUCUUACACAGCUCUCUGGUCUUGGCCAUUGUGGAGAGGUUGGAGUCUGUUUGAUUGAGUGUGUGGACAGGUGUCUUUUUAUACAGGUAGCGAGUUCAAACAGGUGCAGUUAAUACAGGUAAUGAGUAGAGAACAGGAGGGCUUUCUAAAGAAAAACUAACAGGUCUGUGAGAGCCCGGAAUUCUUACUGGUUGGUAGGUGAUCAAAUACUUAUGUCAUGCAAUAAAAUGCAAAUUAAUUACUUAAAAAUCAUACAAUGUGAUUUUCUGGAUUUCUGUUUUAGAUUCCGUCUCUCACAGUUGAAGUGUACCUAUGAUAAAAAUGACAGACCUCUACAUGCUUUGUAAGUAGGAAAACCUGCAAAAUCGGCAGUAUAUCAAAUACUUGUUCUCCCCACUGUGUGUGUGUAUAUAUAUAUAUAUAUAUAUAUAUAUAUAUAUAAUCACACCAUCACAUUGUUACUGUGAAUGUUCGGAGGAGGCUGCGAUACAUGUUAUUUUACUGGCUCACAUUGGAAUCUUCACACACAACCAAAAAAUGGCACUAAACUAAUCAUUUUACAUCAUAGUCAUUUAGCAGACGUUCUUAUCCAGAGCGACUUACAGGAGCAAUUAGGGUUAAGUGCCUUGCUCAAGGGCACAUCGACAGAUUUUUCACCUAGUCGGCUCAGGGAUUAGAACCAGUGACCUUUCGGUUACUGGCACAACUCUCUUAACCACUAAGCUACCUGCCGCCCUAAUCCUUCUCUGUUUCCUCACUCUUAUGACUAGUAUAUUUUCAAUCUCUACUCCCAGAGUGUUUUAUAUUUAUUUUCAGUAUUUGGUAUAUGAUAUUAUGCUCUCUUGUUCAUUGACACAUUUGUAUAUUGUAUUUCGGUUCUGGGUUGUCGGCUAAGGUUACAGUUGUACAAGCUUAUGGUAAGGUUACUGUGUACAAGCGAAUGGUAAAGUUAGUGAACCAGCCUCCCACUCUUGACUCCAGCUUGAAGAACAGGAGCUGGGAGUGAUUGAUCACUCAUUGGUUUCCUUUCACUUCUUUCUCUCACUUUUUCUCUCUUGCACUGGAAUUGUAGGGAUAAGCUAAAGCAUGCAAUCAAUUAAUGAAAAUGUCUUGAAUAUGCACAUGAUUUGGAUGUGGAAGGUGUCUUUCUUGGUCUAUUUCAGUGUGAUUGGAUUUGGGACUGUUAAUCCUCUUUGCUGUUUACAAUAGGCGAGUUGCCCCAACAAAAAUAUGACGACAUUAGUCAACAUCUUACGAUAUUGCAGUAGUAUUUUAAUAAGGGUCUGAGUUUUAGCCAAUUCGUAUUUUCAACAAAAACAUGACAACCUGUGUAUAAAACCUUUUUGAUAUGGACAAGAAUAAUCCUACUUCAAGGAUAAUAUUUUUUUGUAUGGAAUAUUCAUUUUCUAAUUGGCUGUUGGUGCUCUUAUGACAAAUUUAUUGAGUUAUCUUAGAUUAAUUCUGACUAUUUUGAGGAAGUGUAUACUGGCUACAGCAUCUCAAAAUAGACAAACUGUGCUAUUGCCACUUUUUUUCGAGUACACUCGUUCGGCUCACCUAGCAGAGUUCGGCUAGGCGCUAGCCGAACUGAAGCAUGCUGAGGCCUUUAAGGCCAUUCACUCCAGGCUCUAUAGGGGGAUACAUCCUUACCACUGUAGGAAAUGCCCCAACAUAAAUUACUUUUGUCAAACUUAUAAAUAUUUAAAUUUGCGGCCUUUUAAGAUCUUAUCAAGCAUCACUUUUUGUGGCCAGUGACUAUACUGACUGCAAAUAUGUUUUUUCCUGCUAGCCAGCCAGUGCCUUCGGAAAGUAUUCAAACCCCUUGACUUUUUCCACAUUUUGUUAGGUUACAGCCGUAUUCUAAAAUUGAUUUAAAUUAUUUUUUCCCCCUCAUCAAUCUACACACACUACCCCAUAAUGACAAAGCAAAAACAUAUAUAUAUAUAUAUUUUUAUUAUUGUUAUUUAUAUAAAUAAAUAAAACUAACAUUUACAUAAGUAUUCAGACCCUUUGCUCAGUACUUUAUUGAAGCACCUUUGGCAGCGAUUACAGCCUUGAGUCUUCUUGGGUAUGACAGUACAAGCUUGGCACACCUGUAUUUGGUGAGUUUCUCCCAUUCUUUGCUGCAGAUCCUCUCAAGCUAUGUCAAGUUGGAUGGGGAGCGUUGCUGCACAGCUAUUUACAUGUCUCUCCAGAGAUGUUAGAUUGGGUUCAAGUCCGGGCUCUGGCUGGGCCACUCAAGGACAUUGAGACUUGUCCUGAAGCCACUCCUACGUUGUCUUGGCUGUGUGUUUAGGGUUGUUGUCCUGUUUAAGAUGAACCUUCGCCCCAGUCUGAGGUCCUUAGCGCUCUGGAGCAGGUUUUCAUCAAGGAUCUCUCUACUUUGCUCUGUUCAUCUUUCCCUCAAUCCUGACUAGUCUCCCAGUCCCUGCCGCUGAAAAACAUCCCCACAGCAUGAUGCUGCCACCACCAUGCUUCACCGUAGGGAUGGUGCCAGGUUUCCUCCAGACGUGACGCUUGGCAUUCUGGCCAAAGAGUUCAAUCUUGGUUUCAUCAGACCAGAGAAUCAUGUUUCUCAUUGUCUGAGAGUCUUUAGGUGCCUUUUGGCAAACUCCAAGUGGGCUGAAAUUUACAAUUUACUGAAGAGUGGCUUCCGUCUGGCCACUCUACCAUAAAGGCCUGAUUGGUGGAGAGCAGCAGGGAUGGUUGUCCUUCUGGAAGGUUCUCCCAUCUCCACAGAGGAACUUUGGAGCUCUGUCAGAGUGACCAUCUGGUUCUUGGUCCCUCCCUGACCAAGGCCCUUCUCUCCUGAUUGCUCAGUUUGGCCGGGCGGCCAGCUCUAGGAAGAGUCUUGGUGGUUCCAAACUUGUUCCAUUUAAGAAUGAUGGAGGCCACUGUGUUCUUGGUGACCUUCAAUGCUGCAGAAUUUUUUUUGGCACACUUGCCCAGAUCUGUGCCUCGACACAAUCCUGUCCCGGAGCUCUACGGACAAUUCCUUCCACCUCAUUACUUGGUUUUUGCUCUGACAUGCACUGUCAACUGUGGGAUCUUAUAUAGACAGAUGUGUGCCUUUCCAAAUCAUGUCCAGUCAAUUGAAUUUACCACAAGUGGACUUCAAGUUGUAGAAACAUCUCAAGGAUGAUCAAUGGAAACAUGAUGCACCUGAACUCAAUUUUGAGUGUCAUAGCAAAGGGUCUGAAUACUUAUAAAAUAAGGUAUUUGUUUUUUUAUUUUUUUAUUAGCAAAAAAUUCUAAGAACCUGUUUUCACGUCGUCAUUAUGGGGUAUUGUGAGUAGGUUGCUGAGGAAAUUGAUUAAAUGAAAACAUUUUAGAAUAAGGCUGUAACGUAACAAAAUGUGGAAAAGGUCAAGGGGUCUGAAUACUUUCCGAAGGCACUGUAUGCCUGUGCUUUGUCUCUUAUACCCAUUUUUGUGUUGUACCCCCUUCAGAGGCGGCAGAGGCACCUCUAGCGCCAGCCCCCGAGCCUUUCGACAACAGUACUUACAAGAACCUCCAGCACCACAGCUACAACCAUUACACCUUCGCAGACCUGGACCUGGAGAUGGCCAAGUACCGUCUGCCCCAGCCCUCCUCCGGCAGACCCUCCCCCAGGCACUGA